GGGCAGGAUGCAUGCUACAUUAAAUUACCUAAUGAGGUGCGGGAUGCGGGGAGCUCCUUCUCAUCUAGUGUAGGAGUGUCCGAACCCCAAAGCUUUCUCAUCCAAACCUCCACUCUCCCCAAUGAUUUCCUGCACAAAGUACAAUCUAUUCACUCACCUUACCCAACACCAGUUGGCUUGCACCUAUAUGGCUCCCUUUGCCUAAGAGUCGAGAAGCCCUUUCCCACAAGCGGCCGACAUGCCUCAAAGCCCGCAACAAACUGCCGAGAUUUUCCGACCUUGGCUAAGUCGUCUCUGGUUCUGCUCGCUGAUUCACCUACUUAGAUUGAAUACGCCGGUCUUGCCAUCAGCUUGUUGCUGUUCGUCCAAUAUUGUUUCCCCGUUCAACACCGUGGAUAGGCUCUUGCAGGUACGCGACGGGAUAAUUGAUCUGAGAGAGCCUCUCGCAGCCAUAACCUCAGAAAGUUCCAGAUGGUCCGCGAACCGAAAUUCCGGUAGAGAUAAGAAAGGCAACCUUAGACGUCAAGAACAAGGCUCACAGGUUCUCAAUGUCAGGCCUAUGUAAGGCCAUCGCAACCAUCCCAUGUGGCUGGCAGCCACCCUGAAACGCAUUGGCGGUUGCAUCGUUGGCCUCGUUUCGAAGACUCAGAGGAAGCUCUGGGCGGCUUACGGCUGACAUAUGCCGUGAUAUCCCGAGAGAACGACCUCUAGGGCCUGCUCGCAUAUGUAGGCUGCUGGAAUGAGCAGUUCGAACUUGGAACACGGGAGCCUCCUGCCCGCCUGGAGGACCUUGGACCGCGCUUGGUGCAACAAAGGAAAGAAAUCGAACAAGCCCAGGUCUGGGUAAAGA